CCUCAUCUGGCCUAGUGGGUGCAUUACAUGCUAAGAAAUCUAAUUAGGUGAUGAUGGUGGCAGGUGCAGCGUGGGAAGCUGAUGAGUGCUUGACAGUAGAAAGGCACAUUGUCAAGUGUCAUUUACCUGUGUCACUUUUAUUCCGAUUGGGCCAUCAGUCUUAAGCCAAUCAAGUUUUUAAUGCACUUUGGAUGAAAAUGUGUGUUUUCCUAAUUGUGUAUCUGUCUGUGUUGGGGCUUGGAAUCCAGCACGAUGUACUUAACCAGACUGAAAUUGUACAGAAUCUUCCAAAUGGUGCAUUGAACGGAACAGAAGAGGGAAAUGCAACCCUCACCAGCGGAUUUCAAUUCGAAGAUCUGGCAGGGGUUCGGUCCUUCGUGCCAGAGCAGGAGAUGGAGGUGAGGAUCAUUGGUGGUGUGGAGGCCUGGGCCCACUCCUGGCCAUGGCAGGUAUCCCUACGCUUUACCACCAUGCCAGCCUGUGGUGGUGCCAUCAUCGCCCCUCAGUGGGUUCUGACUGCCGCACACUGUUUCAAGCAGUAUAACAAAGUGGAUUUCUGGACUGUGAUGGCGGGAAAACACGACCUUGAGAAUCCUGAUGAAGAAUGUCAACAGUUGGUUGCAAUCUCAAAAAUAGUCACCCACAAGGAUUACAACCGCAUGACAAAGAUGAAUGACAUUGCCCUGGUGAAGAUGAAGACCCCGCUGAUGUUCAACCAGUGUGUGAGACCCAUAGAGAUAUGGAUGGGGCCAAUCGAACCCAAAAAGCAAUGCACAGUGACCGGCUGGGGCACCACCAGAGAGAAUGGGCCUCGUGCCAACAGACUCCAGGAGGUUAAUGUGACCUGCCUGUCCCCAGAGGACUGUAACAAGUUCUACCGUGGUGUAGUUCAGCCCACCAUGUUCUGUGCUGGAGACCCUGAAGGAGGCAUAGACGCCUGCCAGGGUGACUCAGGUGGACCUCUGUCCUGCUACACAGGGUCCAGGUAUGAGUUGGCUGGAGUGGUCAGCUGGGGAGUGGGCUGUGGUAGAGCCCAGAGGCCUGGGGUCUAUACUAAAGUACAGGUCUACCUAGACUGGAUCAAUGAAUUAAUUCAAGGUGAAAAGUCUGUGUCUGAUGGUAUUACUGUGACUGAAGAGAGUUGUGGUCAGAGUAAGAUAUUGACCUGCCGGCUGGAUUCCCGCCCGGCAGGGGUGUAUGUGACCUUGGAGGGUGAGGUGCGGGUGGGGAGUGUGACAGAGGCGUGCGCCAACUCCUGGCCCUGGCAGGUCAGUCUGCAGUCCAAAGGGAGACAUUACUGCAGCGGGACCCUGAUCCACCACCACUGGGUCCUGGCACCGCAACACUGCCACAGCAAAGCUACAGUUGACACCGUGGUGCUGGGAGGUCACGACCUGAGGUUCAUGGCUGCCCAGACCAUCCCGGUGGACGAGGUGUUCAGCCACCCCCAUGACGGAACCUUCCCUUCGACCUCUGACCUCACACUCAUCAAGCUCAGUGUUCCAGCUCGAUUUGAUGACACAGUGUCUCCAGUUUGCCUCCCACAUGAGGAUGUGAAGCUGGAUGACAGCUGGUCCUGUCUGACAACAGGCUGGGGAUCCAGCAAAUCGGCACCGAAGGUUAGCAGAGCCACCCUGCACCAGGCCAGGCUGGGUCUGGUCAACAGGACCGCUUGUAGAGAGAGCUGGGGAGAGGAUCUCAUCACGGACACCCAGCUGUGUACAGACCCAGCCGGCUCUGUCUCCUGCAUGGGGGACUCUGGUGCUCCACUCCUCUGCCAGAAAAUAAAUGGGGUCUUCUUCCUCUUUGGGGUGGUCACAUGGGGCAGCCCGAGCUGUGACAUCAGCACACCAGCAGUCUUCUCCCGACUAUCGGCGUAUCAUUCCUGGAUCGCAAACAUAACCACUGACAUCUGACUUUGUUUCACGUAACGGAAUAAACGCUAACUUUUUUGAUCCAGUGUUCAUUUUCAGACUUGUGUAAAGGCGAAGGCCCACAAUGACACGGUGUCUGACGCAAUCACAAUUAAUGUUCCAAUAGGUUUGAGAAGAACGUGACGGGCACACACAAAGGUGACUGUUGUCGCACACUGUAUUUCUGUCUUCAUAUCGUUUGUCAAAGAUGUUUUACUUUUCUCUUGUAAUUAGUUUUGUAAACAAUGAUUGAGGUAAA